CAAACUCCAUGCCAAAUCACACGGCAGCAGGUCCUUCCAUUGCAUUGCAUUAUUGAGUCUAUAUAUAUCUAGGGGCGCCGUGCCAGAGUUAUAUCUUGCUAGCUACUUCAUUUAUUUUCUUGACCAUUCGAUCCAUUUGGAAGAUGAAGAAGGCGACCAAGUACCUAAAGCACCUCUUCUCCGCCAUCGUCGCGGCGGUGAAGGCCAGGUCCACCGCCGUGGGCACCAAGGCCAGCUCCCUGCAGAUGCGCCUCAUCGUCCUCGGCAUCAUGCGGAACAAGAAGCUCCUGCUCAGCGCCAUCCAGAAAAAGAUCCACGCCAUCAUCGGCGCCGGCAAUGGCAGCGGCAAUGCGGUGGCUAGCCACGGCAGCGGCAACAGGAUGGCCGCGGUGCUGCAGAGCCUGCCGAGCUUUGCCGUGGAGCAGGAGACGAGGGCCCUCGUCCUGCUCAGCAGCCUGCCGAGCUUCGUGCUGGAGCGGGACGCUGCCGGCGCUGGCGCCAACGAGGACAAGCAGGACGUGGUGGAAGCAACAGCAGGCGACAAGCAUGUUGCCGUGGUGGACGACGACGCCACCGCUCAGGCGAAGGCGGAGGGGGACUUCCUGCUGGAGGACCAGAUCGACCACGUGGCAGACGUGUUCAUCCGCCGAUUCCACGAGCAGAUGAGGCUGCAGAAGCUGGAGUCCUUCAAGAGGUUCUGCGAGAUGCUGGAGAGGGGCGCCUAAAUCAUUGACUUGCACUAGCUUCCAAUGUGCAUGCUUUUGGUCUAAUAAUUAAUCAAGCAAGAGUUCAGGGAACGUAGUUAGUUCUCAUUAUAAUAAGUGACAAGAAUCGAGUUUGUUUCAUCGGUUCGUACUUUCGGUGUAGGGUUUAGGCAUCUCGCAUACCAAUUUCCAUGAAGUUAUAGCUAUCUCUAUCCUUAUACUC